AUGUUUCUUUUUUAUUGGUUUCAUAUUGUCUCUUACGUAAACAAUGGCGACUCUUCCGUUUUUCUCUCUCGUUCUCUUUACUUCACUCUAUCAAAUUUUUCAAUCUAUUCUCACCACCUCAGUGUUCUUUCUUUCGUUUUUACCAGUUUAUUGUCCUUCUCUUUGUCUUUACCAGUCCGUUGUCCUUUCUUUUGUUUUUACCAGCCUAUCGUAUUUUGUCUUUAUCAGCCUAUCGACUUUUCUAUUGUCUUUACCAACCCAUUGUCCUUUCUUUCUCAUUGUCUUUUCGUUUGUCUUUGCCAAGCUUUGUUUUUACAAGUCCUUUUUCAUUCUUUUCUCAUUACCGACAAAUUUCUUUUGCCUUUAUCAGCCUACCUCCCUUUUUCUAGUUUUUACCAACCUACCUCCCUUUCUUUUCCUACCUCCCUUUCUUUGGCCUUUACCAGCCUACCUGUUUUGCCUUUAGCAGCUCACGUCACCCUUCUUUUGUUUUUACCAGACUACCUCCCUUUCUUUUACCUUUACCAGUCUAUCUUCUUUUUUAUCUUCUUUACUAGCCUGUCGCCCAUUAUCUUUACCACCCUAUCCUUCUUUCUUUUAUCUUUACCCGCCUAUUUUUGUUUGUCCUUACCAGUCCAUCGUUUUAUUUUUGUUCUUACCAACCUAAUGGCUUUUCUUUUAUCUUUACCAAUCUACUGUCCUGUCUUUUGCCUUUACUAG